GACGGAAAAAGUGUGGACUUUAUACCAGUUUUUUAAUUGUGUUGAUAGGCCACGUAAAACCAGAGUUAUGAUAGGAAUGACGAGGUAAGUGACGGAAGUGACGGGAAAAGGUAAGCGACCCAUGUUGUAGGUGACGUCAGACGCCGGAGAUUUGGCGGGAAAAAAAGCGAAUGGACAACGGGGAGAGUUUAGACGCUCUCCAAGAUUACAUCGACCAGUGCUUCCAAGAUUUAGUAAUGAAGAAGGCUCAGAGUGCAUCUUCCCCGGCCAAAAUUGAGACACCGUCAUCGAAGAGAUGUCGCCCGGCAGACUCCCCGGCACAACAUUGCCUGCCAGCAAAGACAUUGCAGACAUCCUGGAGUCAAUCGACAAGCGAUUGUCCAGUUUCGAUGCGAGGCUGUCGCUGGUGGAGAUUUUACACCGUGAAUUUAAAUCUCUGAAAGAAUCCCUGGAGUUCAGCCAGCAGCAGGUGGAAAUGCUUGCCGCUGAAAAUGCCACGCUACGGGAGUCAGUCAAAUCUCUCACCGAUAAUGUGACCCAGCUAAACAUAGAAAAUAAAAAAAUAAAAGAGUCUGUUAUCGAUCUACAAGCCCGUAGCAUGCGAGACAACCUUGUGUUUUCCGGUAUUCCAGAAUCUGCCAGAGAGGACGCGGAAGCAACUGUGAAAAGCUUCAUUAAAACCCACCUGAAGCUGCCGGAGGACACCGUAAAGAACAUCACCUUCGAAAGAGUGCAUCGCUUGGGCGCCGACCGGGAGACCACGUCCAAUUGUGGCCAAAUUCGGCCAAUUAAAACAGAAGGAACAGGUGAAGAGUCGCGGCAGGGAGCUGAAAGGAACGGACUUCAGCGUGAACGACCAGUUCCCCAAAGAGAUCCUGGAAUGACGCAAAGUCCUGUUCCCAGUUCGACGUAGCUUCAUCCAGAGAGGCUCCCGCGCUGUCAUCGCCGUGGACCGGCUCUACGUGGACGGACAGCUCUACCGCGACCCCAGCACCACUCCGUGGUUAUAUUGACUGCACUCCAGAUAAGAACCCGCUACACUCUUUUCUUAUUCACUCACACUCUCUCCUUUAACAUGUGUUUAACCUAGUAAUAUCAGUAUGAUGUCAUAGCAGAUAUAACACCGUCACCCUUCGUCAUUGCUUUGAUUGGAAUGUUUCCAUUUCUUUUCUUUUUUUAUGUUGUCGCUCACCGUUCUCGUGGUUUCUUUCUUUCUCUUUUCUUUCACUGCGGUGAUCACCUACUUCCCCACUCACCUACAAGCAACACCCUCUAUUUCUGCAUAUUCACACACCACAAUUAUGCAAACACAUGCGCUCAACGGCAGCACAUUUACAACAGCCUCACAGCGCACACAGACUUAUAGGACACACGCAAGCCACGCUUGCUCAUAUUAGUGAAUAUACACACACAUAGUCAGACUUAUGGAGCCUCUCACCACACAUUUUUUUUCUCUUUCUAUUUACAAACAAGUGAUGUUUCCACAUUCUCUUCACCCGUCUAAACGAAACACCCAGCGUACAUCAUUAGACAUACACACACAAUUAUGGGCACACUAAGGUUUGUCACAUGGAAUGUAAAUGGAGCUGGCACCAGAGGAAAGAGGUUAAAGAUAUUUAACCAGCUUAAAAAACUACAGGCAGAUGUUGUUUUAUUACAAGAGACUCACAGGCCUGUCACAGGUUUAAACGAACUUAAAACACCUGAGUUUCCUAAUGUGUUUGCAGCCUGUUAUAAUUCUAGACAAAGGGGAGUAGCAAUUUUAAUACAUACAAAUGUUAAUUUUACAGUACUCGAUACAGUUAUAG